AUGAUUGAUGAUGUUCAAGCACCAGGUUAUUCUAUUACUGAGAUCCCACAAGUACUUCAGAAAUGGGCUGUAAUUGAAGAUAGCGUCAUUGAUGUGACUGUUGAUAGUGCUGCUGCAACAGCAAUAAAGAUCAAAGAAUCUGGACUCAUUUUCAAAAAAUACAUACCUAAUUUGUUUGAGUACGCAAUAGAAAUACACAGAUUUAACUAG